AUGCUCGCCACGAUCCACCAAGCGCUGAGAAGAUGUCCGGGUCCGGGGGAUGGUUCGAAGAUGCAUGCAACUUGCAGUCAAAAGACCAAAGCCAAUUCUUAUGACUUUGUGUACGGCUCCUCUAGCUCGGAGAUCGCGUGUCACCCCGUGGCCAAAGUUGACCUCGAUCCCGCGAGUGGUGGUGGUCGAUUCGGCUCUGGUAGCUCGUCAAUCAAGACCUCGCCAGGGGUUUGGAAGAAACCGAGAGUCAAGAACAAGACGUGCGCGGCCUCCAGCUUUGGCUCUCCUGUGAGCCCAGGUCUGGUCACGCCCAGCAAGCAGGAGAAGCACAGCGACAUCCCGGGAAAAGAUCCGAUCGAAGCGCAAUCUGAGACCCAACAAAGCAUCAUGGGAAUGAAGGUCACGGAGAAGGCUGCAGAACAAAAGAAUGAGAGAGAAGCGCCCAGCGUGGCCUGCGAGGAAGGCAGGCCCACGUCGAAGGAUUCGGGGCGUGUGCGCAUUCGCCUAACGCCACAAAGCUUCAGUCGCUUUGGAACGACCUUCCGUGAUGUGCAUGUGCACUUCAUGAUCAUGAGAUUCACCAUCCAAGCUGUUGACUGCGAAGGCUAUGCAUGGACAGCUUCAUCGAGUUUGUUUCCGGGGCUCCUGGCAGUGGAUCGUUGCAAGUACAAGAUCGACCCAGCUGGCAAGUAUGUUCUCAUCACCCUUUGGCCCGAGUACGAGCAUUUGCCUUUGAAGGGCCUGGAUCGUCUUGAGCUGAGCAUGCCCUUUGGGUCUGAGAAGCAAAACGGUGACAGCAAGGAGAAUUUCAUUUAG